GGAGAGUGCGCUUGCAAGAAUCACUCGUGCCAUUGAAAAGUGCUUAUAGAAAAAUGAGUUGAAUGCAAUCUCACUGGAAAAUGGGAACUGAUUUCUGAAGGAACUCAACUAGCCGAUUAAGCCAUGGCUUCAACAACAUCAACUGUAGAAUCAAGUGAUUUGGAUGUUUCUCAGUUCCGUCAUACGCCUUUCUACUGUGAGGAGAAUGUAUAUUUUUUAUGCAAGAAAUUAUGUACAAACAGAAUGGGUGAUGCACGGGAAGCUGAUCUUUUUGUUGUUUUCAUUUCUAAUGAGAAGAAGCAGAUUCCCCUUUGGCAUCAGAAAACCAGCAAAAGAGCAGAUGGUCUUGUUCUGUGGGAUUACCAUGUCAUUUGCGUUCAGAGAAAGAAAGAAGGUGAAUUUCCUUUUUUAGUGUGGGAUUUAGACUCAACUCUCCCUUUACCUCUCCCUCUGGGCAGCUAUGUGUCACAAGCUAUCAGGCCAUCAUUUCAAAUCUCCCCUGAGUUUCAAAGGCUUUUCAGAAUCAUCCAUGCUCCAAUACUUUUUCGUCAUUUUGCAUCUGAUAGAAGGCACAUGAAAGAUUCCAAUGGAAAUUGGAUGGCUAAACCCCCUGACUAUGAAGCCAUUGUUGCUGAAGAUGGAACUAUACACAACCUGAAUGAGUAUAUGGAAAUCAAGGCGGCCAAUGUUUAUCCGAACAACAACAUUGAUGUGAAAGAUGCAAUUUUUUCUUGGAAACUCGGAGCAGUCGUAAAUGAUCUAGAGGAGUUUUUCUCUCAUAUUCUUUAAACAAGAUUGAGAAAAUUCUGGUAUGCUUCUUAAAGUUUAUGUUUUUCUUUACAUACUUGAAAAUCUGCAGAUCACUUGGUAGUUGGCUUGUCUGCAUUGUUUACCCGAGAACCUGGAGCUGCUUUCUCAAAUGAGAAGUUCCAUAGUCUUUUUCAAGUUUAUGGAGUUCUUUAUGCUGGGGAUGGAUUAUUGUGCUAGCUCUCUCGAGUUCAGCCCAUUGGAAUCAGUUGCAACUUAUAAAGGCAUAUUUGGGAAUGACAAUGAAAUGGUUCAAAUCAUUUUUUUAAUUGACAAAAUCACUCCAAAAGAAGUUUUAAAUCAUUCAAAAUCAACAUUGAUGGUAAAAAAAACCGUGUUUAGAAGUGUAAAGUCAAAUAUUAAAUAGAUAUUAAAGGGUUAAAGACAUGUUUUAAAAUGAUUUUGAACCUGACGAAAGUGAUUGAAAUCAUUCUCAAACAUUUCUUUGUUUGUACAUAUUAACAGCAAGAACUCCACUUCAAUUUGCUACACCCUCCACAGACACGCAUGCUUGAUCGUGAAACUGCAAUCGAGUAUCUAAUUGCCUGUUGCUAGAGUUCAAGUCAUGUGACAAUGAGAUUCUCCUUGAUCUUUCACUUUUUUCCUCUAGUUUAGAAGAAUCUAUUGCAGGAACAUGUUCAGCAUCUGAAAUACUUUGGAAUUCUCAUAAACCCAUUAUAAGUUUCUAUACUCUAUGAACUGUACUCAAUGAAUUGCAUGCA